AUGGUACGAUGGAGCAUACUUAUCUUCGGAACAAACGGAUGGAAAUUUGUGAAAAAAAAAUCUUACGGAUUCAUUGACGCCGCGUACAUUGUUUCUGAAUGUGGCUGGAAAGAUGAUGGACAUACUAAAAGAAAUAAGAAUAUGAAGAAAAAGAGGACGCCGCCGAAAACCGCCCACCACAUCGAUGGUGGCCCAUAUCCUGGAGAAAUAUAA